AAUAUAUUAUAAAAUUAUUGGAGUAUGAAACGGAAAAGGGUGAGAGUUAAAGUCAACCUGGAAAACCAGUAAGAUUAAUGUGAAGCGAAAGCAAAAGAGAGUGAUAAGGGAAGACCCGUUUAUAAGGGUUUUGACUUUGCUGUGGAAGGGAUUGAUUUUCGUUUUGGGUUGUGUGUUAAUGGGGAUUGAAGUUUGCAUGAACGGUUCGUGCAAGAAUGGCUCUGCCAGUGAAUGGAAGAAGGGGUGGCCACUGCGAUCGGGUGGAUUCGCUAGGCUAUGCAAUAAAUGCGGAUCUGCUUAUGAGAAUUCAAUUUUCUGUUACAAGUUCCACGAUCACCAGACUGGUUGGAGGGAGUGCAGCUAUUGCAACAAGCCUAUCCACUGUGGAUGCAUAAUAUCAAGGUCUUUGUUUGAAUACCUUGAUUUUGGCGGUAUAGGUUGUCUUACCUGUGUAAAGGCUUCCCAACUUCCUUUGAUACAGGAUACUGAAAAUACUAACAGGUCUGUUAGAUCAAUAAAAAAUAAUGCAAGUGAUCGAAAUGCUGAACGUAUUGAUGGUAGACUAUUGGUGGAUGGUGCUGGCGAAGGAAAACUUAUGCAAUUGUGUAGAAUUGCUGAAGCAAGUGAAUCCAGCCAUUGGUCUCGACCUCAGAGAGAUGGCGUAGAUUCAUGUAUUGGUCCAACCAGGCAAGAGGAUAGAAGAUUUUCAAAUGUGAUGAAAGUCUCUAGUCAUCCAUUAGCGUUUACAUCAUUAGAAAAUAAUAAACCAACAUGGGAGACUAAAAGUAUGCAUGAAUCACUCUCACUGAAUAUUUCUCUGGGAACCUCAUCAGGGAAUUGUGACCGACCUUCUGCUUCAGAGAUUGUAGAAGGGAGAAUUCAGGGUAAAGCAUCUUCUUCUCCCCUUCAUCAAGGGCAGGGAUCUCAAUCCGUAUUGUCUAAAUCAUCAAAGAGUGAGAUAACUGCGAUUCUUGAACCAAAUAAAGGCAUUAUUUCUCAGGAACGCAUUGCCCGGCCACCUGCUGAUGGAAAAGGCAAGAAUCUGUUACUUUCUCGAUACUGGCCCAGGAUUACUGAUCAAGAGCUGGAGCAAUUAUCGGGGGAUUUGAAGUCUACUAUAGUGCCAUUAUUUGAGAAGGUAUUGAGUGCUAGUGAUGCAGGUCGAAUUGGUCGUCUUGUUCUCCCAAAAUCCUGUGCUGAGGCUUAUUUUCCUCCUAUUUCACAGUCAGAAGGUAUUCCAUUGCAGAUCCAAGAUGUGAAGGGGAAUGAGUGGACAUUUCAGUUCAGAUUUUGGCCUAACAACAAUAGCAGGAUGUAUGUAUUGGAGGGCGUAACCCCCUGCAUACAGUCGUUACAAUUAAAUGCUGGCGAUACUGUGACAUUUAGUCGAAUAGAUCCUGGGGGAAAAUUUAUUAUGGGUUUCAGAAGGGCAUCCAAUUUGAUAGAUACACAGGAUGCCUCUAUUUCUUCUCAUUCUAAUGGCAUUUCAACAAAGGAAACAACCUUUUCUGGUGCAACUAAAAUUCUGCCCUCAGGAUGUAGUUUUCCUGAUCUUCUCCAGUCAGGGAAGGGGAAUGGCGAAUUUUACAUAAAUGGACAUCCAGAACAUCUGCAUUUGGGUACUCGAACUGCUGAUUCACUUCAAACUGAAAAUUGUGAGAUGGAUAACAAUAAUUUGUUGCAGCAACCAAUUUCGGUUUCUGAGAAGAAAACGCGAAAUAUUGGACCUAAGAGUAAGAGGUUACUCAUACAUAAUGAAGAUGCUGUGGAGUUGAGACUUACAUGGGAAGAAGCACAGGACUUGCUUCGUCCACCACCUACUGUCAAGCCAAGCAUUGUAACAAUUGAGGACCAAGUAUUUGAAGAAUAUGAUGAGCCCCCGGUUUUUGGAAAGAGAACUAUUUUCAAUGUCCAGUCAUCUGGAAACAGGAACGGAUUUCUAAAUUUUUUCUUAGGAGACCAUGGGACAAAGAUGACCUGUUAUGAUAUGGAGGGUAGUUUUGUUCUUUCUGAUGAAGAGAAAGUGUCUUUACACGCUGCAGGCGAGGAGACGAGUCCAAAGGAAAUGGACAAUAUUCUGAGAACUAGCGAAGAUUUUAAAAAGCGAAGAAUUGUAGAAAAAAGUGCAUCAAUCCAAGAACACAAUCCUUCUGGCUUAGACGCUCUUGCCAGUGCAGCAGUUUUGGGCGAUGAUCAUGUUGACCCUCCUGAGCCAUCUGCUGGAGUCACUACCAAACAUCCAAGACACCGUCCUGGAUGCUCUUGUAUUGUUUGCAUUCAGCCCCCAAGUGGAAAAGGGAAACAUAAACCAACAUGCACAUGCCUUGCCUGCAUGACUGUGAAGCGCCGGUUCAACACCCUGAUGACGCGUAAAAGAAAACGGCAAUUAGAAUGCGAAGCAGAUGCUACCCCAGAAGAUCAUAUUCAUCACAGGGAUGAGACAGAUACCAAUGGUGCAUCAAGAGAUGAUACAAGUGUGUUGGAGAAAGAGGUAAGCCUGAACAGAGGUGGUGUGGAGGUGGAUGAGCCCAGUGCAGGACAAAUAGAUCUGAAUUGUCAUCCCAAUCAUGGAAAGAUGCAAGUGGAUAUAACAGCAGGAUUGAGCAUGACUAGUCAUGUUGAAACAACCAACUUUCCUGCACGCGAAUAUAUGAGUCAAAAUGGCCUGAAACUUUGAUUCUGAACUGCAGUUUAGAUCACAGUCUUCUUUACUUAAUCUUCUGUUCGGAAGGUGGAAAAAGAGAUGAGUCAUAGUGUCAACCCAAUCACAGUCAGAACAAUAUUUGUUAAUUUUAUUUAUUGUGUUUCUCCUUCCGCAAACACUACAUAGUUUACUUUCCUUUUCUAAAGGGUGGUAAAAGAUAGUUCUAUUCUUACAAUCAAGACUAAAAUGUUAUU